UAUUGUUACACAUGUUUAGCUAUGGUCUUAUUAAUUUUAUAGAUUUUAUUUAUCAAAACGUAAACAAUACCCGGAUUUAAUAAUUAUUUAAUAACUAAGAUGAGCUUACCGGCAGCUUUAUUGCAGCGCCUGAAAAAGCGAGGACUUGUCAGCAAACAAGCGGGAACCACACCAAUAUCGGAAGCUAUAGAAGAAAUCAUAGCCGAGAACUACGACGACGAUGACAAGAGUGCCCCAUACCCAUAUAAGGAGGACUCUGCACCGGAACCCAAGCGCCGGAGCACCGAGGAGCAGUUCUGGUCGCACCGCAUCAAGGAGCGCAUCGGCGUGAACGAGUCCUACCACGGGUACAAGUUGUGCCCCAACAAGUACAACAUAUACCACAAGUGCUCGCUGUACUGCGUGAACAAGUUCAACAGCUCCCCGCUUUCGCACUCCCAGCCGAGUCACAAGUAUCUGAAGCGCUACAAGAGACUGCUGCGGAAGUACCCCCUGGAGGCGGGAUGGAAGGACAUAUACGACAAGGGCUGCAAGGCGUACUACUUUUAUAAUUCGAACACUCAGACCGUGUCCUGGCUGCCGCCAUCCCAUCCCAAAGCACGGAUUACAAACAGCGCCGCCGUAUUUCGCCGGCAACUGGCCAACUCCAAUGAUGAGUUCAAUUUCGACACCAGCAACUUGGUUCUGCCCAAAUCUUCGGGCCUAAAUGACAUCGAUGAGGACGAAAACGCAUUCGGUUCCUCCGUUUACGUGCCCCACAAAAAACAAAAGUCAAGGGACUUGGAUCGAAAACUUCAGCGGCGACGACGUAAUGAUAACUAGAGGCACUAUCCUUCUUUUCAAAAUAAAAAAAUAACUUGAAUAUAAGAUCAUUCUUAAGGUUUAAAAAUGUA